AUGGAUGAACGCACUCGUCGUCCGCCCUCUGUUCUCACCAGUGAGGUGUACAACGAGGCUGAGACAACUUUUGCAAUGCUGGAAAAUAAAGAGAAGUUGGUUUCAUUUCUAGACUGUAUGACUCUUUUACGUGCUAUGGGAAUGAAUCCGACCCAGGCCGACAUGGAUUAUCUCCGCGAACGAAUGGCGGAUCCGAUUCUGCGCCUUGAGCAAUGGCGUCGUGAGGAGGAGCUUAAGCGAGAGAAGGAGCGUCGUCGUGAGGAAAUGCGGGACAAAAGACGUUCUUCAACAGCAUACCCACAAAAAAAGCCACGCAAGUCUGCUGUGGAGCGAGCACUGUUGGCUGGGGCUGCAGAAGGCCAGGUGUCUCAGCAGAAUGUCAAGAUUAUUCCAGUAGAAGAGAUCAAAAACAUUGAUUGGAACAUUUUUAUCUCAUGUGCAGAGGAGAUCUACCGUGAUGCAGCAGCAGAACAGCGAGAUGUUUUGGGGGCGCUGAAACUCGUUGACAAGGAAGGAACAGGAGAAAUGACGAUUGAUAAACUGGUUCGGAUUGUUACAACCAGUGGUGAGAAUGUGCUGAACCCUGGGGAGGCGCAGCAGUUGCGUACGCUACUCCCACAAAAAUGUAGUCUUCUAGAAUUGGCUGCACGCCUUCAAGGAACAUAUAUACCACCUACCAAAGAUGAGUUGGUACGGGCUUCUAUGGAGGAGCUUGAAAGACGGCGACAACAUGAAGCUUCAGAGAAGCCACCUUCCGAUGAUGGAUUGUCACUGCUUUGA